UUCGCGAGAAACCGACGGCUAAACUCAUUGUUUACAAAACCAGUUCCCAUACUUUCUGCACCUUAUUAUUUUCUUAAAGGAACUUACAGAAAGCUGCACCAACUACCGGCAAAAGCAAACAAAAAAUACGGGAACAGACUUAAUGUAAAUACAGUCAGGCAACACGUAAGAAAGAACCUGCCGAUCUAAAAAAAAACACGAUUAAAUUUUGAUUGCUUGUUUUGGGAAAGUGUGACGCUGUAAGCUUAUGUAUUGUCACCUAUUAUACAGUUAACGUUCGACAUAAAAUGCCCUGCGUUGUGCCAACCUGUAGCGCCUCCGUGGGAACCUUCAAGCAGUUUCCUCAGCACAUAUCCCUCUCGGAACGUUGGUUCGAUGCGAUCCAGGUAGGAUGUGGAGUCAAAGCGGCUGAAGAUUGCCAUUUGAGUCAGAAGGAAAUAUGCCACUGGCAUUUCGCAAAACCGGACGGUGUGGUGUAUCAAGAACCGAAGAUCUUCUUCAACUGCAAGACAGAAAAAGUGGAAAUCGAUAGCUGUAGGUUGUGCCUACGGUUCUACCCAAUUUGCGAUAUGGUUUCCAAGAAUGGUAAGCUAUCAGGAAAAGACAUUAAAUUCGCCGUUUACGAAUUGCUACGCUUUGACUUUCAAUCAAACGAUUCCCUGGAACUGAUCUGCAUUAAGUGUCUUGCUCGAUUGGAACUGCUGACAUCGAUUCAGAAGGAUUUCAUGGACGCGGAGAUCAAGUUUCACAACCUGAUUAGCAUUAUUCGGGACAAUGCAAAAGACAUCCGCAGGUCGAUAGAGUUGCCGCCGCUGCCGGUGGAGGUGGUCAUGCAGGAAGACCGAGAUGAAUCCAACUCAGAAUCGGAUGGUGGUAUCGUUGAAGAAGAUAGCAGCGAUGAAUGGACUCCUCCAAAAUCUCUAGUUGGUGAUGUAUCGAAACACAAAUCGAAUUCUACUUCUUAUGAUGACGCGAAACAGUCUGAAUUAACGCUCAAAGAGAUUAUCGUGAGGAAAUGUUACAUCUGUCCGGUGCUUCUUGAAAGCGCAAACGACCUAGCCACUCAUCUAACCGAACAGCAUGCUAAUAAGGGAGCCAUUCGUUGUGAGGAAUGCUCGCGUGAUUUUCCCAUUUUGUCAGCAUACAACUACCAUCUGUCUCGUCAUGACCAAACCGAAAGGCCUUAUAAAUGUAGCAUCUGUCCGAUACGUUUCAAAAUAAAGAGAGCGAAGAUGAUACACGAAAAUACACAGCACAGCACGAACCAUAUUAUUACAACGUUCGAUGAAAAAACUAAACCAGUCGUCUGCGAAACUUGUGGAGAAUCGUUUAUGUACAUGCGCAAGUUAAGGUAUCACGUGCGACAGAAACAUGCAUCCAACAAGCCUACGUGUAAAAUUUGCGGCAACACCUUCACAACACAAGCAACGCUCUUCCGACAUAUGCUGGUACACACGAACGAAAAGCCUUACGUUUGCAGCAACUGUGGUGCCCCCUUCCGGCGUCUAUUCGAUCUCAAAAAUCAUGUGCAGAAAGUUCACGAGGGUAAAAAUCCUCACAUUUGUGUCGAAUGCAAUCAGGAGUUCAACUCGUAUGAGACCUUAUACUACCACAAGCGGUACGUUCAUCUAAAAAAGGCGAGGCCCAAAACCAAAUCUCAACAGGUUCAGCUUAAAUGCAAGCUUUGCGAUGAAAUUAACUGGAACACCUCUGAUCUGCAGCAGCAUAUAUCGAUUUCUCACGCUGACGAGUCAUACCCAUACUUCCAAUGCUCGCAAUGCCCCCGAAAAUUUAUCAAUAAACAAAGCCUGUAUUCGCAUAAGGCCUUGCACACGGACAAAUGUGUUUGCAAGGAGUGUGGUAACAAAUUCCGGUCCAUGUCAGCGCUCAAAAUUCACACAGAGAGUGUCCACGAAAAGCGACAGUUAAACUGUCCGAUAUGCUUUACGAAAACCUACACCACUCAAUCAGCAUUACGUAAACACAUGGCCACACACACCAAAGGCAAACAAUUCUCGUGUGAUUUUUGUGACAAAAGUUUCCAUCGAAAAGAUCAAUUGACGAUUCAUCGAAGGACGCACACUGGUGAAAAGCCCUUCGAGUGCCCGAAUUGCUUGAAGCGGUUCAGUGACGAUGGAACCUUUUCCAAGCACAAGAAGCGCUGCCUGGCAACAAGUGUCGAUGCCACGCAGACCUCAUAAGCGGUAAGUGUAGCUUACAGCCAUCUAAACUUCCGAGCAUUUGCUAUCGAAUAAUACC